AUGGAGCAUUCUUCAGCACGGACAAGAGAUUGCACAUCUGAAAUGCGUCAUCGUUUACGUUUAAUCGACUUCACUAAUGAGCAAUCGUCAAUUAUUUCGACGAAGGUACCAUCAAAAUUGGGUGGUCAAAAGGAGACGAAGAUGCCGAUAUCGGCAUUGAUCUCGUUCGGUGAUCAUUUGUCAAAGGAUAAAACGGUAAAUGAAAAUGCAAAUUCGACCCAAAGCCAGCAUGAUGUUCACCCGUAUGAGCUAUGUAAAAAACAAAUUAAGCUGAGUGCAAAUCGACUGGAUAUCUCUCAUCUAUGGCAUCUUUGUCAGAAGUUCGACGCUCUCGAAAAAAUUGUCGCUAAUCUAGGUUCAUUCCAUUCAAAUGGUAUUCUUUAUCGAUCAUUGUUCUGUUUGUACAUUUUUCGAAACGUUUCGGGUGCACCGAAUGCCAAGGAAAUGCAACUUGCCAUUGCUGGAUUGUGUCAGCGAGAUGUUGACAAUGAUACUGUCGAAACGAUUGCCUCAAGUAAAGUAGUUUCGUUUUCAGUUGUGUCGAAAAUUCGUUCUGAAGUUGGCCUGAAGGUGUUUCAAGAAGUGGUCAUGACGAACUGGCAAUUGGCUGUCUCAUCGGACAAGUAUCGAUAUGAUCCACCGUUGUACAGUAUCCGAAUCAAUAGAAAUAAGCAAGAUCAAGUAUCACGCGAUGAGAUGGCAGCUCCAACGAAAACGAUUCUUAAAAGCUUUGAGAACGCAUUGGGUGUAACGAUAAGGUGGCCUUGCAACAGGGAUAUGGUUCUCAAUCCAAAAUUUGUGCGACGAAUUCGUUGGAAGAAAGCGAAUUUGGAAGAUGUUGGAACGGGUACGAGAAACGAAUUGAAUAGUAAUGAUGGAGUGAGUUUGAGUGAGAUUGCGACAGGUGGAGAUAUCGACGAGUUGAGAACCGCACUGACCGUCAAUGUUUUGCAGCCAUCUUCUUCACAAAGCAAUCAAACUUUAACGGCAGUUGAAUUAUUCAAAGUGAUCAGUGGUUUGUACGAAGAGUGUGAUUCAAUAUAUCGUCAUAUGAUUGAACUGUUAACGUCAGAGCGUAGUGAUGGCGCAUUGCAGAGUGAGCUGAUCGAUCUGUUGGGCGUUGAGCAAUUUGAUAUGGUUGCUUCAAUACUUGAAUCGAGAGUGAGUUUGACUGAGGAGUUGAAUGCAAUGAAAGGCGAAGGAAAAAAGCAAUCGAAACUAACGCAGCUCAUGGUGUGUUCUUGCGGUCGUUCGUUUCUGUUGAUCGAAUUAUUGUUGACUGCACUGAAGGAUGCAGAUGACACGGCAUCAUCAGCACCCCAGUAUUGUCAACAGGUAACGGUUCAGUCGAAGAUGGAGUCUGAGUUGAGACGUGAAUUAAGGAAGGAACAAAAACGUGCGAACAAGGAAUUCAAUCGGAUCACACAUGCGUUCGGAGAGGAAGAGAAAUUGGAAAUUGAGUUAGCACGACGCGAUAUUAUGAAACAGCGACAACUGGAAUUGUUGAAUACACAAUGGGUACAGUUGUCAUCGAGUGACGAGACUCGUGUACCACUGGUACCACGUGAACAUUAUCCGUACGUUUUCGAUGCUGCCUUAUCAGGCGAGCAGACUGAUUUGACACUCAACGGUCUGAAGUUCGCCUUACCGUCUGGUUCGAAGCGAAUAAGUCAUCAUACUUACGACGAGGUGAAUGUGCCUCCAUCAGACACCACCUCCAUUCAAGAUGUACGACACGUUUAUGUGAAAGAUAUGGACGAGUUAGGUCAAAUUGGGUUCAAAGGAUACGAGAAGCUGAAUGUUAUUCAGUCGUUAGUUUUCGAACAAGCCUACAAAACCAAAGAGAAUCUUCUUAUUUGUGCACCGACUGGAGCAGGUUCGUUGUUCAUUGGUUACAUCGGAAUACAUAAACGAUUGUCUGAAGUUGGUUUGAAGGUUCGCGAAUUAACCGGUGAUACGACUUUAUCAAAGCGAGAAAUUGCUGAAACACAGAUGCUGAUAUUAACACCAGAAAAAUGGGAUGUUGUAACACGGAAAGAUAGUGAAACGUCGUUGGCGAGGUUGAUGAGGUUGCUGAUAAUUGAUGAGGUGCAUUUGCUGCACGAUGAUCGAGGGCACGUUAUUGAGACGAUCGUUGCGAGAACGUUGAGACAGGUUGAAAUGAGUCAGCAAGGUAUACGUAUAAUUGGACUGUCGGCAACAUUACCGAAUUAUGUUGAUGUGGCCAGAUUCUUGAGAGUUAAUCCAUACAAAGGUCUCUUCUUCUUCGAUAGCCGUUUCCGUCCCGUUCCACUUGCACAAACCUUCAUUGGUGUUCGAAAGCCAGUUGGAAGUCUAUCGUCGUCGAGGUUCUCAUCGGCUGAAUUGGACGAAGUUUGCUAUGAGAAAGUGCAUCAGUUCGCGAAACAAGGUCAUCAAGUACUCGUAUUCGUUCAUGCCAGAAAUGCAACGGCUAAGUUGGCGAGUUUCUUCAGGGAUAAAUCCUCUAGAUUGGGACACUUCGAUGAUUUUCUCCCAUCGAACAUAACCACUAAAGGCUAUAUGGCAUCCAAAAAAGCGAUGACGUCCUCUCACAAUUUGCAACUUAUUGAACUGUUCCAAUUCGGAUUCGGUAUUCACCACGCUGGUUUACCGAGACGUAAUCGUCUUAUGAUUGAGAAGCUGUUUGCUAGCGGUCAUAUUAAAAUACUGUUUUGUACGGCAACUCUCGCUUGGGGUGUUAACCUGCCGGCACAUGCCGUUGUGAUCAGGGGAACCGAUGUGUUCGAUGCCCAAAAAGGUGCGUUCACGGAUAUCGGUGUGUUGGAUGUGCAACAGAUUUUUGGAAGAGCCGGUCGACCGCAGUACGAAAGUUCAGGUCACGGUGUGAUAAUAACGUGGCAGAAGAAAAUCGAUAAAUAUCUGAAUAUGUUGAUACGACAGACACCAAUCGAAAGUCAAUUUAUGGCGCAUAUCCAUGACAAUUUGAAUGCGGAAAUUGCGUUGGGUACGGUAUCGAAUAUAAAUGAGGCAGUGGAAUGGUUGAGUUAUUCGUACUAUUCCAUUCGAUCAAAACUGAAUCCUCUUGCAUACGGUAUCCCCUACAAUCAGCUGGAAAAUGAUCCUGAAUUGAAGGACUAUUUAACGAAGAUUAUGAAUGAAGCUGCUGAAAAACUGGAUAUGAAUCAAAUGAUACGAUUUGACAGUGUGAACGGCUUCGUGAACGCAACAGAUUUGGGACGUAUCGCAUCGCAUUACUACGUCAAAUUUGAAACGAUUGAGAUGUUGAAUACGGGAGUUGGUAAUGUGAAAUUGACGCAAUUAAUGACCGACGAUAAUGUGAUCAAUCUGAUCGCGAAUGCAUCCGAAUUCAGCCAGAUUAGGGUUCGCGAAGAAGAAUCUGAAGAUUUAGAACAAUUGAAGACAUAUUGUCCACUUCGCUUAAAGCAGGGUGCUCUUGCGACUGUGGCGGGUAAAAUUAAUUGUCUCAUGCAGGCGUAUUUGUCCCGAGUGAACAUUCGCAGUUUCUCGUUGUUAUCCGAAAUGUUGUAUAUCGAGCAAAAUUCGGGCAGAUUGUGCCGAGCGAUGUUCGAAAUUGUUUUACGACGUGGAUGGGCGCAUGCAACGAAUGCUUUUCUUUGUAUGGCGAAAUGCCUUGAGAAAAGAGUUUGGCCUUUCCAAACCCCGCUGAGACAAAUCGAAGGUAUGCGUAUCGAUGUCUACGAUAAAAUUGAACGCAAAAAACUUUCGUUUUAUCAGUUAUGUGAAAUGACUGCUCAAGAACUUGGGUCAAUGUUGAGUUACGAUGGUCAGCGAAUGUACGACGCGAUACGAAUGUUGCCAUCGAUGUACAUCGAAGCGUCUGUCAAGCCGAUCACCAAUACCAUAAUUCAAAUUACGCUAUCUUUAACGCCCGGAUUUACAUGGAACGACCAUUUCCUUGGCUCUAAAGGUGCCCAAAGUUUUUGGGUGUUUAUCGAGAAUAUCAAUGAAAAUAUGAUUAUUCAUUUCGAAAAAUUGAUCGUGAACAAAAAGAAGGUUAAAUUUGGUGAGUCACAAACUAUGAUCUUCACAAUCCCGAUUCGUGAUCAGCAGUUAUCACAUAAUUAUCAAGUGAGAGUAGCGAGUGAUUAUUACGUUGUUGAUGAUAGUGUUCUGCCAAUAUCUAUGCAUAACUGUGUACUACCCUAUUCACAUCGACCACAUACAGAUCUACUGGAUCUCGAUCCACUACCAAUAAAAGCACUCAAGAAUGCGUCGUACGAGUCAAUCUAUAGCUUCGAAUACUUCAAUCCAAUUCAAACGCAGGUGUUCUACUGCCUCUACAACACUGAUCAAAACGCACUGAUCGGUGCGCCAACUGGUUCAGGCAAGACGCUGUGUGCUGAACUUGCAAUGUAUCGUGUGUUUAAUAAACAACCCCAUAAAAAGGUUCAAGUCUGUAUAUAUGAAUUAAGAGGAAGUGUGAUACAAAUUAACAUCAUUGCAAUGUUUCUUGGCAGAUGCGUUAAUAUUUGCAGGAUAGUUGAAUUAACAGGCGAUCAUACGCCAGAUAUAAGGAGUUUACGUCAAGCACAGCUGGUAAUAACAACACCUGAGAAGUGGGAUGGUAUAACACGAAGUUGGGAGGUUCGAGAAUAUGUUAGAGAUGUUGUUUUGGUGGUGAUCGAUGAGAUACAUUUACUGGGUGUUGAACGAGGUGCUGUACUAGAGGCUAUCAUUACGAGAUUGAAAUUGAUGGCAAUGAAACGACGUUCGGACGGUAGCAAUACCGUUCGUGUUGUUGGUUUAUCGACAGCACUUGCAAAUGCAGGUGACAUUGCCGAAUGGCUGAAUAUUAAAGAGUCAGGUCUAUUCAAUUUCCGACCAAACGUGCGUCCCGUUCCAAUUGAAGUGCACAUCGCUGGAUUUCCGGGGCAACAGUACUGCCCCAGAAUGGCACUCAUGAACAGACCGGCAUUCAAAGCCAUCCAGAGUUAUUCACCAAGCAAACCAGUGCUUGUAUUCGUUGCAUCACGUCGUCAAACUCGUUUAACCGCAAUGGCAUUUGUAUCGCAGUUGGUAAGUGGAGACGAUCCAAAACAAUGGCUCAAUAUGGACAUUCAAGAGUUGGAAUGUUUAACGCAAACAAUCAAGGACGAAAGCUUGAAGUUAACGUUGCCAUUCGGUAUCGGUAUGCAUCACGCUGGUCUUCAGCAACAUGAACGCAGCUUAGUCGAAGAGUUGUUCGUUGAGCGUAAAAUACAAGUAUUGAUUGCGACAGCAACCCUCGCUUGGGGUAUCAAUAUGCCAGCACAUUUGGUUAUCAUCAAAGGAACUGAAUACUAUGAUGGCAAAACACAUAAAUACGUCAAUUUCCCUGUUACAGAUGUGUUGCAAAUGAUGGGCAGAGCUGGGCGACCGCAGUACGACACCUCAGCAAUUGCCGUGAUUUAUGUGCAGGAUGUGAAGAAGAACUUCUAUAAACGCUUUCUCUACGAACCGUUCCCUGUUGAGUCAAGAAAGCAAAAAUGGCGAAAAGAAAUAAUUUUUUAUUUCAGUUAUUACGAAAUUGAAGAAACAAGUGCAGAAGCGUUAACGUCGUUCUUGGUGGAUGUGGUUGAUGGUUGCGUUGACGAGUUGCUCCUUUCGAAAUGUAUCAGUAUUGACGAGAGCAGAGCUCUUUUAAAGGAGGACCAGACGAUCAGUUCAACUCCAUUGGGUCGUAUAGCGAGUAUGUAUUACCUGCAACAUGAAACUGUACGCUUCUUUUCAUCAACAUUAUCGCAAUACUGCUCC